UCAAGGUCAGUGGCGUCCACACUCUCUUAACCUAACAAUUUGUAAAAUUGUAAGAAUCUAUUUUAUUUAUUUUUGUGCAAAUUUGUGUAAUUUGCAUAAUCUCCUAAUAAACGCUAAGAUGCAUGUAAACGAAUUUAUAAUUUUUUUACUCAUAAUUUUACAAUGUACUGUGAUUUUUUGUUUCGAUCCAUUUUCUAUCGGUUCGGCAGCUGUAGUAGGAAUAGGUUCCUAUCUCUACGAUAAAACCUAUUGUAAGUGGAAAGAAUGUUGUACGGACAAAGAAAUUCCAGGAAAUGUUAACCAAUUAGAAGCACUGUUAAAGUCUAAAGUGUAUGGGCAACAUUUAGCCGAAGAGAUAAUCGUUAAAGCUUUAAAGUCACAUUGGGAUGAAAGGUAUCAGCCUUCGAAAGCAUUGACUCUCAGUUUUCAUGGUUGGCCGGGUGGUGGAAAAAAUUAUGUAACAGGGUUUAUAAAGGAGGCUUUAUUUACUUUGGGUGGUGCUAGUGACCAUGUCCAUCAUUUUGUCAGUCGAAUUAACUUUCCAGAAGAAUCGAAAGUUGCACAAUACCAAAGAGAUUUAUACGAAUGGAUUAAAUCUAACGUGACAAAAUGUCCGAAACAACUUUUUGUAUUUGAUGAAGUAGAUAAAGCACCAGAAUACCUUUUAAAUAUAAUUAAACCUCUAAUUGAUUAUAACGCAUAUGUCGCUAAGGUGGAUUAUCGAAAAUCGAUAUUUAUAUUCUUAUCGAACACCGGGGAGUCGUUAAUAACUGAUCAAAUGAUAAAACUGCAUCACAGUGGAAUUCCCAGGAAAGAUAUUCAGUUGCAAGAUUUUGAAAAUUUGAUUAUCAAAGGAGCCUUUAAUGAACAUGGUGGUUUCCAUCAUUCUGACACUAUCAAAAGUAAUUUAAUAGAUCAUUAUGUGCCAUUCCUACCACUAGAAAUGGAACAUGUAAGAGCAUGUAUAAUAGAUCAGUUUCGAAUGAGAGGGGUAAAUCGUCCGUCAGAAGACGAUGUACUGUCUAUUUUGGAGUUUGUUGAAUGGGGACCGUCACCGGAUAAUCUGUACUCAAAGACAGGUUGCAAACGAAUUAGCCAAAAAGUAGCCUUAAUUGUUCAUACGCAUUGGAGAUGAACACUUUUGCUAUAGUAUUUAUUAAAUAAUAACUUGUGAUAUAAAAUGUCAUAAUGCCAUUUAAUUGAACUAUUCCAAUUUUACUUUA